AUGAGAUGGCAUCAUGAGAAUCAUUCUAAUGAUGAAGUACUAAGGCAUCCCGCAGACGCUGAGGCUUGGAAAUCAUUUGAUCGAACUCAUGAGUCCUUUUCCUCAGAUCCUCGCAAUGUAAGGCUUGGGUUAGCUACCGAUGGCUUUAAUCCUUUUGGAAACAUGAGUGUUAGCUAUAGUUGUUGGCCUGUUGUUGUAUUCCCUUACAACAUUCCCCCAUGGAUGUGUAUGAAAGAGCCUUACCUAUUCAUGUCUCUACUUAUUUCGGGCCAAAAGGGUCCUGGUAAUGAUAUUGAUGUAUUUUUAAGGCCAUUAAUUGAUGAGUUAAAAGAAUUAUGGGAAAAGGGUGCUAAAACCUAUGAUGCUUCAACGCAGGAAAACUUUCAAAUGAGAGUUGCAUUAAUGUGGACUAUCAAUGACUUUCCUGCGUAUGCUUAUACCUCAGGUUGGAGUACACAAGAGAAUCUUGCAUGCCCUUGUUGUGGUAGUGAGACUUAUCAUCGUAGGUUAAAGCAUGGUAGCAAAAUGUGCUAUAUGGGUCAUCAUCGAUUUCUUCCUUCUGACCAUAAAUGGCGAUCACAGAAAGCACAAUUUGAUGGUAAGAGAGAGAGAAAAGGGGCACCAAAACAAUUAGCUGGUGAUGAUGUGCUGAAUCAACUUAGUACUCUGCCACCAGUACCACUAGGCAAGGCCGUUAAAAGGAAAAGGUUACCUGGGCAUGGAAAGAGCCACAAUUGGAAGAAAUGUAGUAUUUUCUUUGAUUUGUCGUAUUGGAGAACAUUGUUGUUGCGUCAUAAUUUAGAUGUGAUGCACAUUGAAAAAAAUAUAUGUGAUAGUGUGAUGGGGACAGUAUUAGAUAUUGAUAAGAAAAGUAAAGAUUCCUUAAAUGCUAGGCUCGAUCUAAAAAUGAUGGGUAUACGAAAGGAACUUCAUCCUGAAGAUGGGAAGACUACUUUUCCUCGUGCUUGUUAUACACUCUCAAAAAGGUAUUUGUGUAAGCUCAAGGGUUAUGUUCGUAACAAGGCACACCCAGAAGGGUCGAUUGCAAAAUGGAGAAGCCACCCUUCUGGGAAGAGUGCAGUACGAGAGUUAAACAACACUAAUUACUAUGCAGCAUCGCUUUAUGUCCUACAAAAUUGUGAUGAGAUCGAGCCCCUUGUUCAAAAACAUAGGAACAUCCUUGUAGACUUGGGUGUCAAUGUUGUCGAGAUGCAUAGACAUGAGUUCAUUUGUUCGUUCAAAGAAAGGACCAAUGCUGAAGGAGGAAAUCAAAACGUGGAUGAAAACACAGAAGAUGACUUUGAGGCGGAAGAUGACUCAGAUGGAUCUCAAAAGGAGAAUACUGACUCAAAUGAUGAUUGA